GCUAGUCUGUCACGUGCGCAUUCGACAUAUUUUGCCCAUAUUUGUUACCAUAAUAUGGCCAUAUUAUGUUAAUAUAAUAUGCCCACUGAACUGAUUCGACAUGUUCUGGGCAGUUGAGCCUCAAUUUUCUUGCAGGGUAGAGCUUUUUUGAGUCCGGUCAUGGUUUGCGCCAUAGAGCGGUUUUGGGCCCCCGAGGGCAAAUUUUGCCGAUUUUCCAAACUCUUCGGUAGAAGAAAUGUUAAUCUCUUACAUGCAAUCUUCAAAGUUUAGUUGCGCUCUUCCGUCUUCCUACUUUGCAGUAUCUCCGCUAAUUCUGAGAUAAUGGCAUUGUAUUGAAACAGCCCACACUAAACACUCCUAAUCUCGUCAACUUUUGCGAUCGACCCCACUUUGAGCACAUUAUUUCCUCUUCCUCCUCAUUAUUUCACCCUUAUAGAUUAUCGCAAAUCCACUCCUGCUUGUUAAUAACUAUAGCAACUGAGAUACAUACAAAUAGGGUGCAGGAUGUGCAGGUUUGGGGACAGUUGUAUUGAACGAUUUCGCACAUUGAGGGCGCCUAGAAGUGACUCUAGAACAAUGCAUAAUGGGCCUGUUUCAAAGAUUAGCGAAUUUUCUGGGGGUGCGAAAGAAGGACGUGAACGUGCUGGUUGUGGGCUUGAAUAAUAGUGGAAAAACCACGGUGGUAAACAGUUUCAAAAGUGAGGAUGACCGAAUCACCGACAUUGUGCCAACUGUGGGCUUCAAUGUGGAGCGAUUUCAAAAUCAAAAUCUGGCCUUUACAGCCUUCGACAUGUCGGGGCAUGGCCGCUACCGGGAUUUAUGGGAACACUACUACAAGAAUUGCCAUGGAAUAAUUUUCGUUAUCGACAGCAGUGAUCGAUUGCGAUUGGUCGUGGUCAAAGAGGAACUGGAUUUGAUGCUGCAACAUCCCGAUAUCUGCCAGAAAAAACUGCCCAUUCUCUUCUUCGCUAACAAAAUGGACUGCAAAGAGGCGCUGAGCAGCGUAAAAAUUGCGGCCGCUUUAGGCUUGGAUAAAAUCACGGAUAAGCCGUGGCAUAUAUCGGCCAGCAAUGCUUUGAGUGGCGAAGGCUUACAAGAGGGCGUGGAAUGGCUUACGCAACAAAUCAGGGAGAUGUUGAGCGUGAAAAGCUGAAAACAAUCGACUAGUGUGAAUUGGAAUGUGUGGAAGAGUUCAACAAUUUUUUGUGGGCCUAUUUAUAAUAUUUAAACUA